AUGCUGCGUAAGCGCUGGCGCGUAAGAGACACGCUCAAGUACGAGUGGUUAAUACCAGGGCAGGUGGAGGAAGAGGAAGAGGCAGACGGCGGUGGAGGGCGAACGGACGGUCGAAAUUAUGCCACGUGUGACAGCCAUGGGAAGGAAACGAACGGUCCAGAUUUGACCUCGUCUUUGAGCCAGAAGGGGCGGAAAGGGGGUGGAGGAGAGAGGGAAGAGGUGGAGGAUGCGAACCAGGAGCGAGCAGCACAGGCGGAUUUGCAGCAGCGGCAGCAGCGGGAGGAGGAGCAGCGUGAGGGAGCAAUCGCUGCUGGCAGGGAAGGGGAAGGGCUUAGGAAGAUGGCUCUCCGGGCUGUGAAAGGGCGGUCAGAGGACCAGCCAGGGGGGGGAGGACGGCAGGAUCUGAGAGAGGAGCAGCAGGAAGUGCAGCAAGGGAGGCAGCAACAGCAACCAGCACGGCAUGGGAAGCUGGAAGAUCAUACAGGCAGGGUCACGAAGGCCAGGGGUAGGAGCGAGGGAAGGGAGGAGGAGGCAGGGAGAAGGAACGGAGAAGCGGGGGAGAAUACAGGGAAGGAGAGGCUGCGUGAGAGAAGGAGGGGGAGUAGCAGAAGCGAGGAAAGGGAGGACGAGGCAGGGGGGAGGGUCGGAGAAACGAUGGAGAAUGCGGGGAAGGAGAGGCUGCGCGAGAGAGGGAGGAGCAGCAGCAGAAGCAGGGGCGACGGAGAUGAGGAUAGGAUUGAGGGGAGGGAUGAUGAGAGGCGGGUGAGCGAUAGAAGCGGAAGGAGCAAGAGAAAGGGGUCUGGGGCCGGGUCUAUAGGUGUGGAGGUGAAUUUGGGCGCGAAAGAGAGGGGCUUUAGCAUGGGAUCAGCUACUAAAGUUUUCCGGGCAGAGGAGCGUGCAGGUGGGAAGUCCAAGUCCAAGGGGAGAAAGAGCGACCAGCGGAGUUUGCUGAGCAAUGGAGAGGAAGGCGAGGAGGUGAAAAGGGGAGAACCCAUCGUGGCGAAGCCGUUCCAGAUGCAUUUCAUACAGGAUGAUAGUCUCAGUGUGAAUUACUCUACAGGAGCAGGAGCAGGAAACGAGUGGAUUUCCAAUAAGAGAUUUACUGAUUCGUGGAUGGGGGAGAUUGCAGCGCAGGGCGUGUCGAUAGUGGUGUUGAACCGAGGUGAUCACUCCAUCCCUGAUGAGCAGUUUGAGCGGCAAAUGCGGUCCACUCUGCUGGCGCUGCGGCAGACCUACCCUGACCUGCUCAUCCUCUCUAUAAGCUCCCCCGCUGCGCACACCAACUGCUGGGAGCACUGGGCGCCGGUACAAGAGGUGAUAAAGUCUCAGCUUGUGGGUGGUGAGAGUGGGGAUGGGAGGGAGGUGCAGAAUGGGAUUGCGAAGGGAUUGGUGGAGAUGGUUGGAGGGGUGUUUGUGGAUGUGGGCUAUAUGAGUGCGCUUAGACCGGAUGGGCAUGUGGGCAGGGAUUGUACUCGUUAUUGUCAGCCAGGGCCGGUGGAUACUUGGACUCAAGUGCUGUACAAUAUGCUGCUGGAUCUCUUGUAA